AUGGUAGUUGGUAGUAGAAGAGUUGUUGUAACUGGGCUAGGAUUAGUGACAUGUUUAGGAACUGGUGUUAGACAUGUCUGGAAGAAUCUGGUAAAUGGUGGAUGUGGCAUCACUAACUUAACCUCUGAUGAUUUCCAAACAAUUCCAAGCAAAGUUGUAGGAAUUGUUCCAAAAGGUUUGAAUGAAGGUCAACUUAACCUAGAACAGUUUUUGACCCCAGCUGAAUUAAGGGGUCUUCCACUGCCUUCAGCUUAUGCUUUAGUGGCUGCAGAAGAGGCACUGGACAUGGCUAGAUGGAAACCUAAUUCAGAGGAAGAGAAAUACAGAUCAGGUGUAAUUGUUGGUACAGGAAUGGUACCAUUAGAUGAAAUAUGUAAUGUCGGUCAAGUAUUAAGAGAGAAAGGAUAUAAAAGAGUCACACCACAUUUUAUACCUAACAUAUUACCCAAUAUGUCUGCUGGACAUGUCAGUAUUAAAUUUGGAUUAAAGGGUCCUAAUCAUACACCAUCAACUGCCUGUACAACUGGACUACAUGCUAUUGGAGAUGCAUUCAGAAUGAUCCAGUAUGGAGAUGCUGAUGUGAUGGUAGCUGGUGGUACAGAGUCAUCUGUCUCGCCUCUGGCAAUGGCUGGCUUUUGUAGAAUGAGAGCACUUUGUACGAACUUCAAUGACAGGCCCAAAGAAUCAUCAAGGCCCUUUGAUAGAGAUCGAAAUGGUUUUGUUAUGUCAGAAGGGUGUGGAAUAUUAGUCUUAGAAUCUUUAGAACAUGCUUUGGAGCGUCAGGUACCAAUCUAUGCAGAGAUCAUGGGUUAUGGUCUGUCAGGAGAUGCUCAUCAUAUUUCAGCACCUUGUGAAGACGGAGAAGGAGCAUUGAGGUGUAUGAAGUCUGCUUUAAAACACUCGAAUAUAGAACCUAGCCAUGUUGGGUAUAUCAAUGCUCAUGCCACCUCAACAUAUUUAGGAGAUAUUGCUGAAUCUAAAGCAAUAGAAAAACUCUUCAAUUCACAAAAUAAGGAUGUGUUUGUUUCAUCAACUAAAGGUGCUAUUGGACAUUUACUAGGUGCUGCUGGGAGUGUGGAAGCAAUCUUCACCAUAUUGUCAUGUAAGACUGGUAUAAUUCCACCAACACUCAAUCUUCAUAAUGUUGAUACUGGGUGUGAUUUGAACUAUGUAAGGACAAACAGUGAGAAAUGGACAUCAAAUUUUGAUAAAAAAAUAGCCUUGACUAAUUCUUUUGGUUUUGGUGGUACUAACGGUAGUUUAUGUGUUUCAGAAUUCCUUCCAUAA